UUGCUUCCGGGCAGUCCAUCUGAACUCAUAUAUCGCUCACAACCCUUUCCCUAUAUUCAAUUAAUUUAUGAAUUUCAGGUUCUUGGCAGGGGGCAUAGUGGAUCGGUACAUGUCGCAGUACGAAAAAGCGAUGGCAAAAAAUUUGCUCUUAAGGUUUUGCUUGAUCUUCCUCAAGCCCGACGUGAAGUAGAAUUGCAAUACGCCGCUCAAGGACCAAAUGUUGUUGAGAUUAAGGAUGUGUAUGCGAAUAUUUAUUGUGAAAGGAGGUGUCUGUUCGUUGUUAUGGAACAUAUGGGAGGAGGACAACUGUUUGAUCGGAUUAAACAAGGCCAACUUACUGAACGGGAUGCUGCACGCAUAAUGCAGCAACUUUGUUCUGCUGUUGCUCAUUUACAUUCUUUGAACAUCGCCCAUCGUGAUAUCAAACCGGAAAAUGUUCUAUACUCCAGCAAUGGAAUUUUAAAGUUGUGCGAUUUUGGAUUUGCGAAACGAAUUGAAGAAAGUGCAGAGAAGCCGUUGCACACAGUUUGCUAUUCAAACUAUUACGCUCCUCCAGAAAUUCUACAGCGAUUAUGUUAUGAUAAAUCUUGCGAUAUGUGGUCCCUUGGUGUUGUUAUGUAUAUACUACUCUGUGGUUAUCCACCAUUUUAUUCUAAAAGUGGUGAUGAUUUUUCGAUGGGAAUGCAACGCCGCAUUAAAGCUGGCCAAUACGAUUUUCCUUCGCCAGAAUGGGAUUUUAUCUCAGAUCAAGCAAAAGCUCUCAUCAAAAAUUUGCUAGUCACAGAUCCAUGUCAGCGAUUGACAAUAGAACAACUUAUGCAAAGCGAAUGGAUCACGCAUUGCAUUAUUGCACCAAAAACACCACUUCACACCUCUAAGAUGUUAACUGAAGAACAAAUGCAAGAUAUAAAUGUAUUCAUUUUAAGUUUUUUUCAAAAUUUCUGA